CAUGACACAGUUGUAUUGAAACACUUUUUUUUUUUAAUGAACGCUUAUAUUCCAAUAUAUAAAGCGAGUUUAAAGAUUGUCCUUCCUCAGUUGCUGUAUUCGUAUCUGACCCCAGUAUAUUUUUAGUUGCUGUUAAUUCUCCGGAGCUGAGCAAGCCUACUUUAAAUAAUUCCAGAGGUCAGUUUUACUGCAGAUCACAGGGCAACUGGAAAACGUCAUCAUUUAUUUGUUUACGCUUAUUUGUUAUUAAGAAUUAAUACAUUGAUAAGGCGGCUGGUAAAUGAAACUGAGCGAGUAAGCAAUUUCUAGUAUUGUGAGAUUAAUACUUCUAGUUAGCCUGCCUAUAACAGUAUAUCUGCUUUUUGGGGACUGUUGGCAGUAUUUCACUAACACGAUGAUGCUGUUCAGAUUUGGUGUAAUCCUGACUCUGGAAUGCACGGACACUGAAGUGUUUGUGUUGGGAUCGAGGUCAGAAAUGGGACAGUGGGACCCAAAUAAUGCAGUGCCAUUGAAACCAGCGCAAGCUAUGCUAUCGACGUCUGAACCCUCGUGCUGGAUUGGAGAAAUUAUUCUGAAAGAACCCUUCAAGGAGACCUUCUGGUUUAAAUUCAUAAAACGGUUCGGUGACCACUUUACGUGGGAAGGCAAUGGACCACACCAUGACCGAUUCUGCACCUAUGAUGAGAGCAAUGUGGUGGAUGGUGUUUACUGUUACCCGAUUGGUCACUGGAUAGAAAUAACUGGAUACACCAAUGAGAUGAAGCACACCACAGAUUUUUACUUCAACAUUGCCGACCACCAGGCGAUGCAUUUUUCCAAGGUUCUCCCCAGGAUCUGGCUUGGUAGCUGCCCACGCCAGUUAGAACAUGUAACAGUGAAACUGAAGCACGAGCUGGGCGUCACUGCAGUUAUGAACUUCCAAACUGAGUGGGACGUCGUCCAGAAUUCCAGUGGCUGCAGACCCAGAAAAUCUGAGUCCAUGAGACCGGAGACUAUGAUGGAGCUAUACAGAGACAACGGUCUUGUCUAUGUAUGGAUCCCAACUCCAGACAUGAGCACAGAAGGUAGGAUACGAAUGUUGCCUCAGGCUGUCUUCCUGCUCCAUGGGCUUCUAGAGAAUGGCCAUAAUGUCUACGUCCACUGCAAUGCUGGGGUUGGCAGGUCUACGGCUGCAGUGUGUGGGCUCCUCAUGUAUGUCAUGGGGUGGAGUCUCAGGAAGGUGCAGUAUUAUGUCACUUCCAGAAGAGCUGCAGUAUACAUUGAUGAAGAUGCUCUUGUUCACGCUCAAGAAGACUUCUAUCAGAAAUUUGGCCACCUUCGAUCUUCUGUCUCCUUCAGUCAAAGCUGAAGUCUUUCCUGUUACCAUUUUCUGAUGGAAUAAGCCAUAGGGUUUAAACUAAUUCAGAGAGUUUUGUGUUUAGUUUUUUCCCCCAUAUGCAAUUGCAGUAUACUGUUAAAAUAAGUGAUUUGUCACGUGUCAGCCAUAACAAACAGAAAUUGACCUUAUGAGUUUGUUAUUGUUUGAUAAGAAAAAAUCUAUGUCUAUAACAAUUUAUCGAAGUCACUUUACUCCAUUUAAAAAGUUUGUAGUAAUAUGGGUUCUGUACGUUUUAAUGUAUUAGCGGCCCACGGUAGAAUGACAGUUAAAAAUCAAACUCUUGGGAGAUUGAUUUUAAAUGUCAAUGAUUACACUUAAAUGACAUUUCAAUUACCAUUUAAUAUUACCGGUAUCAAGUAGCAUUAAAAUACUAGGCAUUACCCGUUUUCUUUUAAUGGGAGGAAAAGAGUAAUCAAACUGAAAUAAAAUGUGUUUUAUUAUAUUUAUAUUUUUGUCUCCAUUGUUUCUUAAAGAGUGUUUGUUACUUUAUUUUAGCUGAAACUGUUUUUUGUAAACAGAGAGUACAUUUCUCUAAAACAGUUGGACUGAAAUUGUAUUCAUCUAAAUAGGCUUUAAAAACAAUCCUAAAAUAUUCCUUAAAUCCUUAAAGUUUUGUGAAUAGUGCCCAAUAAUUCCUGAAUACAUUGAUAGAAUGUUAUAUUGAAAGUGGUUAGAGAAGCGAUGCCAAGCAUAUUUAGGCCAGAUAUCUUUUCUUAAUUGAUAUGGCUACAGGGACAUCAGCAGUUGUAGAAAACAGGAAGAUGAGGGACAGGUUUAGUAGUUAAUUUUGUACUUGUAAUUUGAUUUUGACAAUAUUUUAAACACCAGGGUUAAGCAAUUUGUUAGGAGCUAAAUAGUAAAAUGGAAAAAUAAUAUGUCAGACAUAAAUACUUAUUGUAAAAUGGCACAGCAUAUUCCCACAGGUGUAGUAGUGUCAGAGGUAGGACACUUUAUUGUACAAUUUAAGAGGUAAAAGGCAGUGCUGUUUAGUAGCAUGCGAGAAAGGGACACCGCUAUCCAUGUGAUGCUGUAAAAAAAAAAACUCAAAACUAACUCAAAUUGCAUCUGUCUUUGGUAAAAUGUAAUUUAUGUAAAAU